AUGGUGUCCGUAUUAGCUUGUAUAGGUUUGGCGGUUAUGUGUGUGACUGGAAGAGGUGCAAAGAAGUAA